AUGACCUCUCUCCCCUCUUGGCUCGGCCAGCCUAGGCCUGCAGCCUCGGGAGACGUGCCCACGUCGUCCCUCGUCGCUCUUUUGGAUCUCUUCUUCCCUGGGUUCUCGAGCCUCUCAGACGCCAUAUUCAAAUAUCUCGGUCUAAACCUAAAUGUUUACAUUCCUGUCGUCGUCCUUUUCAGUGGGCUGGCUUUUUCCUGGAGUUACAUUAGUGGAUACAUUUGGAAUUUAGUAUCCUCCCAUUUCAUGAGUACUGUCGAGAUUCGUGUUGAUGAUGAAAUUUACAAUAUCGUUAUGGCAUGGGUUGCGGCGCAGAAAUUUGCCCAGUCUUCGCGUCGAUUCGUGGUUAACACCAACCUAUCAUCUCGAAGUUGGUUUAUAUGGAGAUGGCGGGAUGACGACGAGGACGACGAGGGCGGAGCGAGUGCUUCUACCGAGAAGCAUCGCAAGACGCUCUCCUACACCCCUUCGUUUGGAAGCCAUGUAUUUUGGUACCGGGGAAGGCUCCUUCUCUUUCAAAGGACUCAAAACCGUAACCAAAUGUAUUUCACGCCUGCCAGUGAGAGGGAAGAGAUAUCAAUAGCUUGCUUUGGGAGGAGCCCUUGGAUUCUUAAGGAGCUUCUUCUCGAAGCCAAACUAGCAUACGUGGAGAAGGACGCGAAGAAAACGUUGAUAUAUCGAGGGACGUUCAAAGGUGCAAGCGCGGAGCCGACUUGGGAGCGAAACAUGUCCCGGGAUACCCGGCCCCUUUCUACGGUUAUUCUAAGUGCGGACACAAAAAAACGGCUUUUGGACGACAUGACCGACUAUCUCGAUCCUGCAACUCGCCGUUGGUAUUCGAACAGAGGAAUCCCAUAUCGACGUGGGUAUCUUCUCUAUGGCCCGCCAGGAACCGGCAAGAGUUCCUUAAGUCUCGCCCUAGCGGGCCAUUUCAACCUAAGAAUCUACAUCGUCAGCCUGAGUUCCAUCCAUUCCAAUGAGGAGAAUCUGACUACCCUCUUUUCCGAGCUGCCGCGACGAUGUGUGGUCCUGCUUGAGGAUAUUGACACAGCUGGCCUUACAAAUACCCGAGAGCAACCCAAGGCCCCAAACACCCCAACGACGAAGGACCUAGUCUCCACCACCGCUGAUCAAGCCCCCGGCGCAGCUCCGAGCCCAGUGCCCGGCCGGCUUUCUCUCUCCGGUCUACUUAAUAUUCUUGAUGGCGUCGCCUCUCAGGAGGGUCGCAUUCUAAUCAUGACCACGAACCACAUCGAGAAACUGGAUAAGGCGUUGAUCCGACCAGGCAGGGUAGACAUGUCCAUCGAAUUUGGCUGGGCCGACCGCGACAUUUCGGCAUCCAUUUUCAAUGCCAUAUACACUGCGCUUGACGCAGAUAGCAGCAUGGACUCUGAUUCUCCUGCGGACGAGGUAUCCCGGGAAUCCGCGCAGAAGAAAGCCGCUGCUAACGCUGCGGUUUCGGCCUUGGCAUCCGAGUUUGCUACGAAAAUUCCCCAAUAUGAGUAUAGUCCGGCCGAGAUCCAGGGCUACCUUCUCAGAUAUAAACGAGACCCCGAGAAAGCAGUUCAAAACGUUGAAAAAUGGAUCAUGGAAAUGCGAGAACAGAAACGGGUGAAAGCGGCUGGGGAUUCCCAAGCGAAGGCAGCCAACACCGCUACUGCGACAAAUGUCGACGAAAGCACCGGAACGGGGGAAGAAAAGAGCGAACAAAAGCAGGGCGGGUCGACUAAGAAGUCGGGAGGCGAAGGGCACGAGGACAGCAUUCGGGCCGGAAAGGAUGGUGAUGUACUGUCAGCCGUUGGAACGCCGCAGGUCACGGAUGACGAGUCCGAUAGCAGCUCGCGAACGGAGUCGAGCAUCUCGGAGCCCGUCACACCAACCGAAACUCCGACGGAAACAAGAAGCAAGAUAAAAUGA